GGCUGUUUGUGUCCAUUUGAGCCUGCUUCAUAUCUGGGUUGCUUUAAGGCAGUUUUGGUCAAUUUGUUCUGAUUUGGGGCAUUCUGGGACUGUUCCUGUCUCUUUUGAAUCUAUUUUCUGCCAUUUCUGUACAUUUUUGGCAGCGUGUCCCCAUUUGGGGCCAGUUGCGUCUGUUUAGCUCCAUUUGGUGCAUUUUAGGUGCAUCUGGAUCUUUCAGCUAUGGAUGCUGAUAAGGCACGAUUUUACUUUUAACCCCUUGUGAUACUUAAAGUCAUGUUCAACGCCCCUCUCUCGCUCCCAGCUCCUUUCCCUCUCACCCACUCUCCCAGCUCCCAGAACAGGACGGGCAGAUCUCAGCUGCACAAUCCAACGUUUCCACACUCUGGCAACUGGAGAGCAACAAUCAGAUACGCCACAGCAGGAAGCAAUGCUGUAUUCCCAUGGAGAAGAAAAACAACAAGAAAACCAAUGGGGCUACAAAUGGAAUGUGGGCAGAAGGAAAACCGCCCUGUUGCUCUUUGUGAGUGGAGUGCUGGUGGGCGUCAUCGUCACGCUGGUGCCUGCGAUAGCGCUCCAGUAUCUGUUGAGCUCACUUUGCCCACACUUCUCCCACGUGUGUCCCAACGCCUGGGUCGGUUUCCAAGGGAAAUGCUAUUAUUUUUCGGACACAGAGAGUGACUGGAACAGCAGCAGGGAGCACUGCCAGCGCCUCAGAGCUUCUCUGGCCACCAUAGACACCAGGGAGGAGAUGGAAUUCAUGCUGCGGUACCGGCGCCCGGCAAACUGUUGGAUUGGGCUGCACAGGGAAGAAGGGGACGAGCGCUGGACAUGGCCCGAUGGCAGCGCCUUCACCAACUGGUUCCAGGUGCGAGGCGGAGGCCAAUGUGCGUACCUGAACGGGGACAGGAUCAGCUCAGCACUGUGCCACACGGAGAAGUACUGGGUGUGCAGCAGAGCCGACAGCUACGUCCUCUGGAGGGAGGAGACAGAUCCACAGUGACAGAUCCCAUCUGCAGCGAGCUCGUCCCAAUGCUGCUGGGCACUGCCAUGCCAUCAGUGUGUACUGGAAUCUGCCUCUUUCCAGCACUCCUGCACUUGUUCCUGCAUGAAACCACGCAGCUCUGCUCCUCACUAUCUCUCAGGAAGCAUGUAUAAUCCCCCUGUGCCUUAAAGGGAGGAUCCUCUAAGGGCCCUUCACGGUCACAGCACCAUGGAAUAAUCCCGUGGUGCUGAGCCACUGUGUCCGGACCCGAGGCUGGGGGUGUUUCUCCUCUCCUUGUGGGCUCUGUGUCACAUUGCGGUGCCAUCGCUCCCAGCCGCCCUCUGACUUUGGCUCUGGGCGCUGUCGCUCCCAGUGCUGUUCCACGGCCAUAGCCCUGCACAGAGGGUUGAUGCAGUCCCAGUUUUUGCUGAGCUGCAGCAUUUUGUAAUUCCACGGAGCUUGAAGUCAAUUCACUUUUUAG